UUCGUCUUUCGAUCAUAUGAAAAAGGGCAAUACGAAGAAAUUUCUUCUUCAAUAUCUUCGCCUCGAAGGUUUAAAUCCAAACGACGACUUUCACUUUGAUAACUCCGCCAUUAAAACCAACCUUCGACGGUCACUUCCAUCCUCAAUUCUUCUCUCUGCCACCUCAAUAUUUGCAACAAUCUCCCACCGGAUUAAGUCAACAAUGGUUUCCUCGUCACCGGCGAUACUUCCAAUUUCAAACCCACAAACCAAUUCCGCCGGAGAAUCCCAGUCACCAGUCCCCACCACCGCCUUCGGUACCUUUACCAACCACAUCACCGAAACCCUCAACUCCGGCCUCUCCCAACGCCGCCCUUGGUCGCAACUCGCAGACCGUUCCGGAUUUUCUAAACCCGAAUCUGUAACCGACGCCACAACCCGGAUCCAGAAGAACUACGCCUACUUUCGCGUCAACUACCUCAUCGUCGUGGCCGCCGUUGUCGGUUUCUCCCUCCUCACAAACCCUUUUUCUCUGAUAACACUUCUUGGUCUUUUAGCAGCGUGGCUCUUCCUCUACCUGUUCCGACCAUCCGAGCCGCCGUUGGUGAUUCUCGGCCGUACAAUCUCCGAGCGGGAAACCCUCGGCGUGUUGAUUGUUUGCAGUAUUGUUGUGAUUUUCUUAACCAGCGUUGGAUCUAUUUUGAUCUCGGCGUUGCUUGCCGGAAUUGCGAUUGUUUGUGUUCAUGGUGCGUUCAGGACGCCGGACGAUCUGUUUGUUGAUGAACAAGAGUCCACCGGAUUCUCCCCAUUCCUCAGUGAAAGUCGACAUACAUGAUCCAACUUUUGUAUCAUCAACUUUGUGGAUUUUGGGAAAAUAAUAAUUUGGAAAAAAAAAAAUCUUUGGAUAAUUGUUGUUGAACAUAUGAAUAAAUUAGAUGAUUGGAAAUUUAUUUAUUUAUUCUGGAAAUUAUUUGAUUAUUCAAAUUGGUUAGUAAGAUAUUUGGUUGAAAUUAGGGGGUGUAUAAGAUUGUUUAUUUAAAUUGCUUACUAAUGAAGUAAAAAGAAUGAAUAUUUAUACUGGUUUGGUACUGGUAAUAAAGAGUUUUUUUAACUUA